AUGACGUCGAUGUUCUACGACCCGCGAUUCGACCCCGCCGGGUACCUCGACCAGCUCUUCGUCCAGCUCGUGGGUGACACCGCCAACCCCGACGUGUACAAACGGCUCGCCGGCGACCCGUCGGCGCCGACGAUGGCCACCGUGAACAACUUGAUUUCCGAGAUGGAGUUUAUGACCCAGGAACUCGUCCAUCAACCCCACCUUGCCAAGCUUCAAGAGGCGGGAAUUCUGCUCAACGACAAGACGACCCGGCUCCAGUACUAUGCCCAGGUGGUGAACAACGCCAUCGUGGCGUUGGAGCAAGAACUCCACGACGUCCGCGACGAGAUCACCCGCAACCACGAGCCCAGCGAGACGGUGGCCCAGCUUUCCCAGUUGAGCAAAGCGAAGGCUAACCUCCAACAGGUGCUUGAAGUGUGUGAACAGUUGUAUCGGACGAUGGGACAGACCAGUCUCACUCCCGCACAAAUGGCUCAGCUAUUGAAAGAGAAACCCGACGAAAAGGCUAAAGUAAAGCCGUUGGUGGAUGGUCUCAUCAAGUUUAAAAAUAUAUGA